GAAUGGCACUGCAAUACAAACCACGUCUUUGAAACAUUUCACUGAGCUUUUUUGUUCUCUACUCCUCCGCCUGCAUCAUCUCUGGCGCUGCUUUGCCUCCGACCCUCUAGUGUCGGCAGUUGAUUCUCUCUGCGGAGCUGGCAGGAGCGCGCGAAGCCAAUAGCACAGAGUACGUUCCCCGCAGUUUCCCUACAGCUGUCUCGCUCGGACACAGCGGAACAGGAAGGGUGAAACGGAUCGUUCGCACCGAGGAUACUAUAUCCAACAUCCUUAUCCAAGCUGUGGAGGGCAUUUAAACUUUGGUCACAAACAUUAGCAGGACAGCAUUGGUGGACAGCAGCCUUAGAUUCAAUGUCAUACAUUAAGUUUAAUUUUCAUUUUACUUUAUUUUAAUGGCCUCUUCAUUUUGUGUUUUCUCCAGCUAACUAACUUUGAUCGAAUGCCCACGAGUGUUUGUGGACUAAUUGUUAGAAUAAUCUAUUCUAGUUUAAGUGGAUUAGCCUAUAUUAAGGCUGCACAGUUAAAAAGGAUUGCCUUUGUAAUGUUCUUCAGUAGUUCAUUUUUGCAUCUCGUAUAUGGGAGUUUGGACUACACAACCACCAGAAGAUCAAUCUGAGCCCUUUAUCGUCGUACGUUUGUAGAUUUUGGCAACUAUAAGGACAUAAACAAUUGUCUCUCUGUACUUGGGAUUCUUUUAUUUGCUUAAAAGACGGGCAUCGGAAUGGAACUAGUGGGAAUUAACCUGUUCCAACUGGCCUUUAUAGGUAUCCUGCAGGUGGCUCUGUCAACGGGGAAGGACUGCCUGCACGCAGGAGACAUGUGCUCCAGCGACGACACCUGCAGCCCGCGCCUGCGCACGCUGCGGCAGUGUGUGGCAGGCGACGGCAGCAUGAAGCUGGGGCCUGGUGCUCGCAGUCAGUGCGCCAACGCCGUGACGGCGCUCCUUUCCAGCCCACUGCAUGGCUGCCAGUGUAAGAGGGGAAUGAAGAGGGAGAAGAACUGCCUCAGCAUUUACUGGAGUCUGCACCAGUCCAUGCUGCAUGGUUACAACUUGGUGGAAAGCUACCCAUACGAAGCUGUGGAGAAGACCUAUGACUAUGUGCGCCUGGCCUCUAUUGCUGCUGGGUCCGAGGUUGGCAUGACGACGGUUAACCGCUGCCUGGAUGCGGCGAAGGCCUGCAAUGUGGACGAGACGUGCCAGAAGCUGAGGACGGAAUACGUGUCAGCCUGCAUCAAGCCGUCCGGCAAGUCUGCGCCAUGCAACGUGCCCAAGUGCAACAAGGCGCUGCGCAAGUUCUUCGACCGCGUGCCGGCGGAGUAUACCCACGAGCUGCUCUUCUGCCCCUGCACGGACACCGCCUGCGCCGAGCGCCGCCGCCAGACCAUCGUCCCCAGCUGCUCGUACGAGACCAAGGAAAAGCCCAACUGCCUUACCCAGCUGCGUACCUGCAAGGCUGACUACGUGUGCAGGUCCCGCUGGGCUCAGUUCCAGUAUGACUGCCAGCCAUCAGAGCAGUCAGACAGCGGCUGCAUGCAGGGGAACUACAGGGCCUGCCUUCUGGCGUACACUGGCAUGAUUGGCAGCACCAUUACCCCCAACUAUGUGGACAAUGCCACCUCCAGUGUGUCACCACGGUGCACCUGCUCUGCCAGCGGGAACCAGAGAGAGCAGUGUGCAGAGUUCCUGAGCUACUUCACCAAUAAUCUGUGUCUGAGAAAUGCCAUUGUGGCAUUCGGGAAUGGGACAGACAUUAAUGCAACACCAAACCAUCCAGUGCAGCCAAGCCAAGCGACGGACAGCGAAGAUAUGACCAUGAUUCCUCCGGUCGCGGCUGAGACCGAGCGCAACAUCCUGAGCCCUCUCAUGCCUACACAGGCCUCAGAGAAAGACAGACUCUGGGUGGAAUCCACCCUCUCGUCCACCGGUCUCUCCAGCCAUGCCAUCACCCCCUUCCACCUGACCACCUGGACCAGCCUCCUGCUAGUGCCUGUGGUCUGUCUCCACCACUAGUGGGGGCACAGCCACUCUGGACCUCCCUAUGAACUGUGUAUGGGGGGAUGGGCGGGAGGGGUGGAUUGGGGCAUUUGUAUGUGAACUAGGGGAGGGGCGGUGGCAACAGAGCCUGACCUCCCACCUCCCCCUGCACAUAUGGUACAGUUAUUUCUUUACAUUAUCUUUAAUCUCAGCAGUCUGACCACACCUUUAAGGGGUCUGAGGGAAAGACACAGAAGAGAGAGAGAUACAUUUAGAGAAAGUCAAAAGAGACAGAGAUAGGUCUAUUUAUAAACUUAUAUGUGCAUAUUCAAAGACUUUCUCAGUCAGCCCCCACAGAAACAAAACUGCCGUCUUCAAAUAUCAUCAGUUAUACAUAUGUACAGAUUUAUUUAGUGGAACGCAGGGAGAAGGGGUGGGGGGGUCAGGAGGGCUGGAGGGGAUUUCAGGGAGGGGACGAGGGCUCACAAUUAAAAGUCUCCUCUUCAGCACAGCAAAAGUGUGUUUUUGACGUCUUGUUGUCUGCUGGAUGAACGACAAGAAGGGAAGACUAUUUUUUUGUAAUGAUACCCAGAUAUCAGCUCACGUGGAUCGAGGUGGUGAUUCAUGUCAUUUUCAAUCAUUAUUAAAAAAAGAAAUAAAAAUAAUAAUUAAAAAAGCGUACACACCAAAAUGUAUUUUAGAAAAACAGCACAACUAAAUUGAAUUCAGUGCUUGGAUACUUCGUAUUCUUUGUUUUGUACAGUGCCUAAUACAUUUAUCAUGUUUGGAUGAUUAUCUUGAGGAAACAGGGACCCAGAAGAGAGGAACUGGUCUAGUGAAUACUGGGAUUGCACAGAAACUGAGAAGAGCUGGAUUACACUUCUUUAGUUGUGUGUGCACACCAGUCAGGACAUUUGUUCAAUACCGUAAAAUUGCAUAAAAUAAUCGCAAGUCAUUCCCACUGCAAGCAAAAGAUCCAGAAGUGGACAUGUUUUUUUGACCACCUGGAAUUUGUCCAGAUAAGGACAGUACUUUAUCCAGAUUGGUCAGUUCUUCACAACCAAUAACUGACCUCUUGGAUUCACAAUGCCAGGGCCGCAUCAAUUACAUUGUUCUCUCCGAAGGACUCUUCGAAUUCAGAGAUCUGUUGCCCAGUCUGUUUGAUAAUCAUUGUGAAGUUUUGUCUUGUACAAAGCAACAGUGCUGUGAUGGAACUCUCUGGGUAGGGGUGGGAGUGGUGUUUUUGACUGUGCUGGUUUCAGGACCUUCACUGAAGUUUGCCACAGGAUCAGGAUUUGGGCAGUUGAUUUUGCACAGCAGGAUACAUGUUAUUUGCUGCAAAUAAAAGCUACCAGAUAAUACAAAGCCUAUGGUUUCUCAAUGUUUCCAAUGUAUGCUGGGAAGAGUGCAUUUGGCAAGCCGCUCUUGAGGAUGUCAAUCCUGGUAGAACUUAUGUUUCUCACUGCUUUGAGCAAUUGUGCAGUCAAUACACUUGACAAUGGAUCAUUAAGGUUGUUUGCUCUGGCACAUGUAGAUGUCAAUGUGAAUUCAGUUCUCCUUCAGGACAAACCAAGUAUUAUUCAUUUCAAAAAGUAACAGCCAAAGCAGAAGGUGGAUUAUUUCUACCUUUGCAACUGAAGUAUGGCCAAGAUGACAACUGGUAUUCUUAUUCAUAGCUUUGUUUGUGACUUGAAUAACAUCUGGUCUUCUAGAGCUGGAAAACAUCUGUCACCUGGAGACAACACAUGUGCAGAAACAACAUAUCAAAUUAAAAAUCUAGCAGCAGAGUGGUAAAAUGGUCGGCGUGGUGCAAAAGGGUCAACUUCUGUCCCUGACAUUGCAGAAGUGUUCUGAAUUGGUGACUCCUAAUGAAUAGUCAUGAAGGAGUGUGGCAAUCCAGACAAUACCUGAAUCUCCUUGUAAGUACAACAAAUCAAUACAUAAUCUUGUUUGUACAUUGAACAUUUGUAUUGAAAUUGUUUCAUCAUUAUUAAUAUCCUAUUCCCUGAAGGUGGCUCAUAGUGAGCACAAUAGAUAAUGAUGAUACUAAUCUUAAAAACAAACGUUGUUUAUAGAGUGCUUUUCCUGCAGUGCACUCAAAGCACACACUUUCAAUUAAUGCAGAAAAUCAUACAUUGUGAAACAUUUAAAUUUUAUUAAAUUGUUUUUGCACAAGUUAAAAUAAGUACAUUAUGAAAGCAUUAAAAUAAGGACAUUAAAUUCCAGGUUCAGCAGAAUAUGUGUACUGUAACAUAUGCACUCAAUGCACAGUGAACUGAAGUCUAUUACAUUUAACAGAAGUAGUACGGUGACACUCCCUCCCUGUUUCGGGUCAUUACACAACUGGGACAUGUCCCACGUCUGCACAGCCAAGCGGCACAAAUCUUCUAGACUGAAUUUCAGCAUGGAGAUUCUCCAUGAAAACAUAACCAUGCAAAAAUGAGUACUAUCUUCUCUCUUCAAACCUAAAAUAGUACUUAAACACUUCACAGUUUAAGAAAGAAAGCCUGCAUUGGGUGUCCACAGUUUGACACGGCUUGCCACCAGUGGCAGAGCUGGUUAGCAAUGCGUACAGAUGUCAGAGAAAAUAUGCCCUGCCGCGCCACAGUUUAGUGAGCAUACCAUUCCUUACCCAUCUUUCUUCUGAGACCUCAAAUGCCCUGUUUACAGAAUUUUGACUACAUGGAGACGUCUUCACCAGGUGGUGUGCAUGAGCAUGAGUGCAUAACAAUAUUUUAAUAGUCUAAUAUGGAUGUUGUUUGGAAGCACUUCUGAAGAAUUAAUCUAUACAGUAAAUCGUAAUUCAUUCUCCGGCCAAAUGCAUCUUCUUCUUCCUCCCAUGAAUACAACACAAAUUAAUUAAGCAAACAAUUUCAUCUUGUUAUUUUUUUUAAUAUAAAAAAAAAACAGUAGAAAAACAUUAUUUUAUGGCACAAAUUACCCAAAAUACAAUGUAUAG